AUGACGAGGCAGGCAACAUGUUGUCAGUCAUUCCUGGCAUCCAUACUGAAAUUCUUGAAUUAUUUGCAGACGUUUAUGGGGGUUUCCAUCUUCAUUUACUCUGCCUUCAUGCUCAACCAUUGGCACCACCACAGCUCCGCCCCUUCUGUCCCGCCUCCCCGGCCUCAACCUCUGCCCGCACCUCCGUCCCCGCUGUAUUUACAUCCUUCCUCCAUAAUUCGCCCAAAUUCUAAGAGCUUUGGUGACGUCACUCCCCUCAAUCUUGAUCUCGAUCUUAGUUUAGCUGCGGAGAACGUCUUCUCGGAUGUGGUUCUUAUUGAUGGAGUUCAAUUCAACUUUCAAUCCCUUCCCACGCCAUGGUUCAUAUAUGCAUUUAUGGGAGUUGGCGUGAUGGUGUGUUUUAUCAAUUGCAUUGGUCACAUUGCAGCUGAAGCUAUGAAUGGCUGUUGCCUUUGCUUCCAUGCUGUAUUGACAACAUUAUUUGUCCUACUGGAAAUCACCUUCAUAGGAUUUAUUGCAGUGGAUCGUCAGUGGGAGGAGGAUCUCCCUGUUGACACUACUGGAGAACUUGAUCGUUUGCGUUCCUUCUUUGAAGAGAACAGAGAAAUUUGUGAGGGCGUCUGCAUUGCUGUCAUUGUGAUUCAGGUGUUAUCUUUACUACUGUCAAUAAUCCUCAGAGCACUAGUAAAUCAGAAAGCAGAAUUUGAUGAAGAGAGAGCUUAUGACAUCAGGGAAAGACCUUGGGAGCCUUUAUUGCGUCCCAAUCAUAGUGAAGCCUCUGUUUCUAUCAGGAGUGAUACUAGAGGAGGAACGCACUCAGACAUUUGGAGUUCACGGAUGAGAGAAAAGUACGGACUGAAUGGCGGUGAUUAUAGACAAAAUUCAAUGAACCAAAGUGCUGCUGCUGACCAUUAUCCUAGGCAUUGA